AUGCGUCCUCCGAUCGUCCCCGGCCCAGAGCUGGUGCACGGCAUCCCACACCUGCCCGCGAACCACUCCUACUCUGGGAGCACGACCGAUAAUGAAGAUAUUUCAGAGCAUGUCGAAGAUCAGAUCCAUGAUCUCGCUCGGCGGCCUACGGACGACGCACUCGACCCUCACAAUGCCGCCUUUGAUGCUAAGAAAUGGGUGAGAGCGUUCUACAAUAACCAGACGGAGGCUCUGGGAGGUCGGCCGCCUAACUCGGCCGGUCUGGCGUUUAAAAAUUUCAACGUCUUUGGCCAGAUGGCUGUUGCGGAGCAUCAGAGGACUGUUGAGGAUUUCCUAUACGGCCCGUUUGAAAUCGUUCGCGGCUUCUUUGGGUCUGCGAAGAAACAGCGCAUCGAUAUCCUGCAGGAUCUUGAGGGGGUUAUGGAAAGUGGUGAGAUGCUCUGCGUCCUCGGUCCUCCUGGGUCUGGGUGUUCUACUCUGCUGAAGACUAUUGCUGGCGAUACGUAUGGCUUCCAAGUUGCCGAUGGGAGUACCCUGAACUACCAGGGGAUUGGGAAGGAGGAAAUUGCAACGGCAUAUAAAGGCGAGGCCAUCUAUACCGCUGAAGUCGACUAUCAUUUCCCGAAACUCACCGUGGGCGAGACGCUGUACUUUGCUGCUCGAGCACGGUGCCCGCAGCGACUCGCGGGACAUAAACAUGAGUAUGCGGAGCACCUGCGUGACGUAGUUAUGGCUAUGUUGGGGAUAUCGCAUACUAAGAAUACAGUGGUGGGAGACGACUUCAUUCGCGGCGUGAGUGGUGGUGAGCGAAAGCGUGUGAGCAUUGCUGAGGCCAUCCUGAGCUACUCGCCCUGGCAGUGCUGGGAUAAUAGCACCAGAGGUCUUGAUUCUGCAAAUGCAGUCUCGUUCUGUCGCAUGCUGAGGCUUCAGUCUGAGACGUUUGGUGGUAGUGUUUGUGUGGCUAUCUACCAGGCUCCUCAGGAGGCAUACGAUCUAUUUGACAAAGUCAUUGUGCUCUAUGAAGGCCGACAGAUCUUCUUCGGCCGCACUGGCGAGGCCAAGGCAUACUUCGAGGGCUUAGGGUUCGAGUGUCCUCCAGAGCAGACGACGCCGGACUUCCUGACCUCCAUGACCAGUCCAUCAGAGCGCAUCGUCAAGUCUGGAUGGAAAGGAAAGACGCCUCCUCGCAGUCCAGAUGAAUUUGCACAGGCCUGGCGCGACAGUCAAACCCGCCAGUCCCUCGUCACGCAGAUUGAAGCAUUCGAAGACAGAUUCCCCAUCGGUGGUGAUCAGUCUGAGAAAUUCCGCGUCGCAAGAAUCGAACAGAAGUCGAAUUCCCUGCGUGCUGCAUCUCCAUUCACCCUUUCCCUGGCCGGUCAGUUCGGCCUCAAUCUCUGGCGUAGUUACAGACUGUUAAUCGCGGAUCCCUGGUUCUGGAUCACUCUCCUCCUGGCAAACCUGUUCGAGUCCCUCGUCGUGUCCAGCAUAUUCUAUAACAUGCAGGAAGACAGUUCCAGCGUAUUCCGCCGCAAUCUGUUCAUCUUCUACGUCCUCAUGAUCAAUAUCUGGACUGCCGCCCUCGAAGUUUUAACAUUAUAUUCGAAGCGCAAGAUCGUCGAGAAACACGUCCGCUACGCCCUUUACCACCCCAGCAUGGAGGCCCUGGCCUCAAUCGCAAUGGAUAUCCCAUUCAAACUCGUCAACGCUAUCUGCAUUAACGUCACAGCCUAUUUCAUGGGAAACCUCCGUCGAGAGCCAGGCCCGUUCUUCUUCUUCUACCUCCUGGCUUUCACAGUUACAAUCACAAUGUCCAUGUUCUUCCGCUUCCUGGCGUCCGUCACAAAAACAGUCUCCCAGGCCCUGGCCCCCUGUGCAAUCGUCAUUCUCGGCCUCAUGCUCUACGGCGGCUUCAUCAUCCCCCAGUCCUACCUCGACGACUGGAUCGGCUGGCUGCGCUGGAUAAACCCGCUCUUCUACGUCCAGGAGUCGCUGUCGCUGAGUGAAUUCGUUGGUCGGAGAUUCUCCUGUAUUGACUUUGUUCCUAGUGGUGAGGAAUACAUUACCAGUUCUAUACCGUCCCUCGGUCAGGUUUGCUCCGUUGAGGGCUCGGUCCCAGGGGAAGGGUUUGUGGAUGGUAGUGUCCAUAUGGACGUGAUGUACGGGUUUGUGGAUUCCCACCGCUGGCGCAAUUUCGGGAUCGUUAUUGCCAUGACGGUGUUUCUGCUUGUGAUUCAUCUUAUUGCGGUUGAGGUUAUCUCGUCGGAGCGGUCGAAGGGGGAGAUUCUUGUCUUUCCGCGGGAGGUUCUGAAAAAGAAGACUCAGGGUCGUGGUGAUGAGGAGAAGACGGCUGCUGUGGAUGUUGCGAUCCGGAGGGGAGAUACUGACAGGAAUGAAGUGCAGGGUAUUGCGAAGCAGACUUCGAUCUUCCACUGGCAGGAUGUUUGCUAUUCGGUUAAGAUUAAGGAUGAGACGAGGACGAUCCUAGACCAUGUCGAUGGGUGGGUGAAGCCGGGGACAUUGACGGCUUUGAUGGGUGUUUCUGGUGCUGGAAAGACAACGCUCUUAGACGUUCUGGCCAGCCGAGUCACGAUGGGCGUCAUCUCCGGACGAAUGCUGGUGAAUGGCCAACUCAGAGACUCCUCGUUCCAGCGCAAGACUGGAUAUGUAACGCAGCAGGAUCUGAACCUGCACACAUCUACUGUUCGCGAAGCACUCCAGUUCAGCGCGUUGCUGAGACAGCCAGCGCGGUAUACCCGCCAGGAGAAGCUCGACUAUGUCAACGACGUGAUCAAGCUGGUUGAUCUGGACGACUGUGCUGAUGCCAUUGUUGGACAUACAGGCGAAGGCCUAAACGUUGAACAGCGAAAACGCUUGACUAUCGGUGUGGAAUUGGCAGCGCGGCCAGAGCUAUUGCUGUUCCUCGACGAACCCACGUCUGGUCUUGACAGCCAGACAUCCUGGGCGAUAUGCGAUCUCAUGGAGAAAUUAACGCGAAAUGGCCAGGCUAUUCUGUGUACCAUCCACCAACCCUCUGCGGCGCUGUUUCAGCGCUUCGACCGCUUGCUCCUGCUGGCCAAGGGUGGACGCACGGUGUACUUCGGGGAUGUUGGUAAGGGCUCGUCGACGCUGAUUGACUACUUCACCCGCAACGGUGCACCGCUGUUCAAGACUGGGACUAACCCAGCGGAAUAUAUGCUUGAUGUUGUCGGGGCUGCGAAGCAUGGAGGCGCCAUCGACUGGCCGAGUAUCUGGAAAGCAAGCCCUGAAUAUCAGGGUGUCCGCCAGGAACUGGGGCGUCUAUCUAGUCAGGGAGAUGGAGAGACCGUCGAGUCUGAUCCUGCAGCUCUGGCGGAGUUUGCUGCCAGUUUUCCUGUCCAGCUUACGCAGGUCACCAAACGUGUUUUUCAGCAGUAUUGGCGGACGCCGAGUUAUAUUUUCUCCAAAUCCAUUCUAAGUGCUGGAUCGGCCCUGUUUAUCGGAUUGUCCCAGGUCAAUGGGGACGUGACCCAGCGUGGACUGUUCAACCAGAUGUUGGCAACAUACAUCUUCCUCUUCAUCUUCAGUCAAGUUGUCGAGCAGAUCCUGCCCAUGUUCGUCUCUCAGCGCACCCUAUACGAAGCCCGCGAAAGACCCGCCAAAGCGUAUUCAUGGGUCGUCUUUCUCGCCGCAAACAUCAUCGUCGAGCUGGCCUGGAAUUCCUUGAUGGCCAUUUUCUCCUUUCUAUUUUGGUACUUCCCCUUGGCCCUCUACCGGAAUGCAGAGUGGACAGACGCCGUCCACUCGCGCGGCAUCACAGUCUGCCUACACAUGUGGAUCUUCUUCGCCUUCACCAGCACAUUCGCCAACAUGCUGAUCGCCGGUAUCGAGACCGAGCAGGUGGCCGGUGCAUUCCUCAACUUCUUUUUCAAUAUCAUGUUUGCUUUUGCUGGUGUCCUCGCUGGCCCAACCGAACUCCCCGGCUUCUGGAUCUUCAUGUACCGCGUCAACCCAUUCACCUACGUGAUCGAGAGUUUCCUAGGAACAGCGCUCGCCGGCGCCCCUGUAACCUGCACGCCCAGCGAGCUGGUUCAAUACGAGGCCCCCGCUGGGAUGAGCUGCGGUGAGUACAUGCAGUCAUAUAUCGACGCGAAGGGCGGGUAUCUGGUUGAUAGUUCUGCCAGCAGCUGUAGUUUCUGUGGAACGGCGAGCAGUGAUGCGUUUCUACAAGAUAUGAAUAUGCGCUUUGAGAAUCGCUGGAGGGAUUUUGGGUUUAUGUGGGCGUUUUGUGUGUUUAAUGUUGUUGCGGCUGUUGGGUUGUAUUGGCUUAUGAGGGUUCCUAAGAGGGUAAAGGAGUAAAGGAUAACACAUAGAAUGGGAGAGGGGAUAAAUUAUAGAGGUUAUACUGAUAGAAUGCCU